AUGCCGUCCCCGAGCCCAGAACGAACCCCUUCCGCCCAAGCCGAGAACAUCAUCGAGGUCGACGCUGAUCAUGAACAAGCGGAUAGCACUUAUGGCGACGACCAUGAAAGCUUUACCACCUCGCUGACCAGCAGCGUGAUGGCGUACAAGUUUGAAUAUGGUCGUCGCUUCCACGCCUACAAGGAAGGAUCGUACAGAUUUCCCAAUGAUGAAGAGGAGCAGGAUCGGCUCGACAUGUUUCACGAGGUCUGCAAGAUGUUGACCGAAGGAGUCAUUGCCUUUGCACCCUUCAAAAAAGAAGGGAGAAUACUUGAUUUGGGCACAGGAACGGGUAUCUGGGCAAUUGAAGCAGGCGACGAAUGGCCAGCAUCAACGGUGCUCGGCAACGACCUCUCCCCAAUCCAGCCGCGGUGGACUCCUCCAAAUGUCAAGUUCGAAGUCGACGACAUCGAAUCCGACUGGGCCUACUCCACGCCGUUCGAUUUCAUCCACAGCCGCUACCUGGUCUGCUCGAUUUCGGACUGGCCAAGACUAGUGCGGCAGGCCUUCAGCAAUCUAAAACCCGGCGGUUACGCGGAAUUCCAAGACUGGAACAUCGUCCCGACAUCCGAUGACGGUUCUGCAACUGAAGACAACAAAAUCAUCCAGCUCCAAAAAUUGGUCGUUGAGGCGACGCAGAAAAUCGGCAAAGAACCCGUCCCCGGCCCCAAGUUAAAGAAUUGGAUGGAGGAGGCCGGCUACGUCAACGUCACGGAAAGAGUGUUCAAGAUGCCGCUGGGAAUGUGGCCGAAGGACCAGAGAUUGAAGAAAACGGGGGCUUGUUCUCUGAUGAGUUAUCUGGACGGUUUGGAGGCAAUGACGUAUGGUCUCCUUCCGACCGUGUUGGGGUGGAAGAUUGAGGAGGUUCAAGUGCUCUUGGCUGAGGUCAGGAAAGAAGCGAGGAGGAAGGAUGUUCACAUGUACUACGAUUGUCAUUUCGUUUACGGUCAGAAGCCCGAGGAAUAA